ACUUUUUAUCGAAUCCGGGUGAGCCCAGAACCUGGGAAAUCGCACGCGCAAUUCAGUUCCCCCCUCCUGCCGUUGCCAGGGUUGCAGUUGGCUCGAGGACUGAAUCGGUUAUAACUGCUGCUGCGGGCUCCCAGCAGGCUGAGGGGCCCAAGAGAGGACUCUCCCUCGACUUCUCCCGCCUGGCCUUGAAGCUUACCUCCAAGAUGAAGAAGAUUUUCAACUUCUGCAAGAAGGACCAAUCUCCAUCUAGCCCCUCCAUCAAGCUGCCGAGUUACUUCGCUGUCGGAACACCAGACCUCACCCCAGGAUACCUGAUCCAGGACAAGGAUCUCGGGAAGCUCCACAAAGCUGCCUCGAUCGGAGAUGUGGCGAAAAUGCAGCAGUUGCUGCUGCUCGGAAAGAACAAUGUGAAUGAUCUGGAUAAAGUGAAGCGAACACCUCUUCACCUGGCCUGUGCUAAAGGAUAUCCAGAUAUUGUAUCUCUUUUAGUAGAGAGAAAAUGCAAAGUAGACCUGCAGGACAAAGACAGUCUAACACCUUUAAUCAAGGCAGUACUGUGUCAUCAAGAGGAAUGUGCAACAAUCUUGCUCAAACAUGGUGCAGACCCUAAUCUUGGGGACCACAACAACAAUACUGCACUUCACUAUGCUGCCUUUGAUCAGAACGUAGCCAUGGCAGAAAAACUACUUACCUAUAAAGCUGAUAUUGAAGCAAAAAACAAGGAAGGCUUUACACCAUUUAUGUUUGCAGUUAUGAAAAGGAGCUAUGAACUAGUAGAACUUCUCUUAAAGAUGGGAGCAAAUGUGAAUGCCACGGAUAACACUAAAAGAACAUCCCUCAUGAUUGCUAUCAGUAUGGAAUCAAUGGGCAUAGUCAAUCUUCUUUUUCAAAAUAAUGUUGAUACCACGUGUGAAGAUGAAGAUGGAUGGACAGCUGAGAAGUAUGCUAAGCAUUUUCGUUAUCCUCUACAUAUUUAUCACUCUCUAAUUGAUGAACAAAAACUACAGAAGGAACUUUAUCAGCCUUGUUCACCCCAAAUUAGCUGUUCAGAAAAGACUUCUGGUAUUCGAUUUGGUUUGGGUGGAUCUGCCUUGGACAAAGAAGGUAGAACUGACAAACCCAAAUAAACAGUUAAUUAAAAAUAAUGAAGAGCAGUCUUAAAAUUC